UAUACAAUAGCAAAAGGCUAUAAACAGCUUAAAUAUCCACUGAUGGGGGAUACAGUUAUAAAAACCAUGAUGCGGGCAAUGGCCAGGGCAGUGAGUCGUACCUGAUGGUGGGAGGUAGUAACCCCACUUCUCUUCCACUGGCAGGAGCGUUAGAUAGCCUCUCAAGAAAACACCAUGAAAGAUACUGAUAUCAAGAGACUACUGUAUACCCAUCUUUUGUGCAUAUCAAUUAUCCUAAGCAUCUUCAUUCCAUCAUUCUUCUUGGAGAACUUCUCAAUAUUGGAAACACACUUGACAUGGUUGUGCAUCUGUUCUGUUUUUGUAACUGCCAUCAAUCUAGUAUUAUAUUUAGUAGUGAAACCAAAUGCAUCCUCUAAAAGAAGUUCAUUAUCAUACAAGGUAACCAGGUUUUUGAAAUGCUGUAUCUACUUUCUUAUGUCAUGUUUCUUCUUUCAUGUAAUUUUUGUUCUAUAUGGAGCACCACUCAUAGAGUUGGUGUUGGAAACAUUUUUAUUUGCAAUUAUUUUGUCUACCUUUACUACUCUAUCUUGUUUGUGUUUGUUAGGACCAAACAUCAAAGCAUGCAUAAGAGUUUUCAGUAGAAAUGGAGUUACAUCCAUUUUGGAGAACAGCCUUCAGAUCACUACAAUUUCUAGCUUUAUAGGAACAUGGCUUGGAGCCUUUCCUAUUCCACUCGAUUGGGAAAGACCUUGGCAGGUAUGGCCCAUCUCCUGUACGUUUGGAGCGACCUACGGCUACGUGGCUGGACUCAUGAUUUCACCACUCUGGGUAUACUGGAAUAGAAAGCAACUUACAUACAAAAACAAUUAAUUGGAGCAAAAGCAGAAGAUACUUUGUUGUGCAGAUUCCAUAAAGACUGUGCAGAAAUGUACAUGUUCUAAGCCAGGAAGUUCCAUUUACAGCACUAUUUUUUAUGUAGUUACAACAUGGUGUGAUUGUAGCUUUUUAAACUAUGAAACCCCUGAGAGAUUGUACCUUCUAGUUGAAAUAAAGUAUUUAUAAUAGAAAAACAAACAAACAAACCAUGAUACACCAUGCAGUGGAGUACCGUAGAGCCAUGAGACGCAAGAGGGCAAGUUAUAUGGGCUGACAUCAUGUAACCUAUAAGAUAUAUCGAGUGAAAAAAUAAGGUGUAUACAUGUCUUGGUUUGGGGUCCCUUGAAAGCAGAGCCUCAGACAAAGACUUGAGUGCAGGUAGUUUAUUUGGGAAGUAAUCCCAGAAAAAAAAUGAGAGCAUGAAGACAGUGACACAGAAAAUGAAAAGAAAAAAAAAAAAAGGUGUAUUAUUGAGUUACUGCUACAGGUAAGGGAAGCCCAAGUCCAGACCUUUGAAAAACAGACAGGAAUACCAACUCCCAGAAUUGUCUGUCUUUCAGCAAGAAGGAAGGUUGGGGCAUUUAUUGACCAAACCCAUCCUGUAUUGGUUGGGAUUGUUCCAGGAACUUAACUCCUUCUGCUUCUGGCUGCAGCUGCCUGUAGACUGAAUAGGCUCCUGUGACUUUGGAGAAAGUGUUAGUGUUCAUGAUGGGACUCUGUCAGUGUGCAAGGGAGGGACCCACCAUGGGAGCUGCAGCAAAAAUCAGAGUUGGUCUAAGGGAAUAUCAGGCACCAAAAAGCAGCUACUAUAAUAGAAAAGAUGUCUACGUAUGUAAACAAAGUAUAUGUGUGUAUUUGUGUGAUAUACCUAUAGACAUAUCCAUAUACAAAUACCAAUGUAGAGGUGUAUACACACAAUUUUUGAAUAAUCCAUAAAAUCACUGGGAAUAGUGGUAAGGAGAUAGGGUAUUUGGAGGUCUGGACAUACGGUGAAAGAGGACUAAUUUUUCAAUGUCUAGUUGAAAUUUUUUAACCAUAUGAAUAUAUUUCUUUUACAAUGUUUUAAUUACUUUCAUUGAAGUAUAACUUAGAUAGUAAUAAAAUA